CUUCAGUCUCCAGAAGCACAAUCUGGAACCUUCAGCUCUUCUCUGGUCUUUUGUCCAAACAUCUGUAUGUCCAUCGCCUUCUUCUUCUGGGGUCUCACUGAAGGAUUUCUGCAUGAGACCGUCACUUGCUGUGCUCUUUAUAUCCUGAGGCCUGUUAUGUUGAUUUGGGCUUUGCCUCAUUUAAAGUAUCUUCAUGACAACAUUAAAACAUGGAUCAGGUCUUUCAAAAUAACAAGUGAAUUUGCUGUUUUUACAGUCAUUGUUUAUUCAGUUCUUUUUACAUAUGGAUGGAGAAAGAGUGCACAUGAUACAAGCAUCGAACCUCGUGUAGGUUCUGGACUAUACUUUGGAGAUGUUGUGCUGUCAUGUCUCCUCCUGAGUGCAGUUGAGUUCAUAAGGCUAUCCAGUCAAGAGCGGCCAAGAGGGGCUUUUUUCUCACGCAUCCAAACUCUAGUUUUGUUAAAUGGGAUUUUCCUCUUGUCUUCGAGUCAAUUGUCCCAGUUGAUCUUCUCAUUUGGACUUCCCUCUCUAGAAUUUGUAAUGAUGCCAUUUGUUCAAGCACUACUGCUUCUCUGUGUACCAGUUUUACCUUUUCUUCAAUCAAAGUUCAUAUGUCUCUGCCAAAGAUGGAUAACAUUAUUUUGGAUAAUAAUAAUAACACUCCUGGAUAUUGGCCUUGUGAUUUAUAUUCAUCUAACCAUAUUGGAAAGGGAGAAAGAGUACAUGGGAUGGAUCUGUGUGAUUGUUUUUCUUGAAGUUCUGAGGAUGAUAGCAGUCUAUGAAUUCAGCAUGACAGAUGAGUUAGAAAAUUCAGGAGUCCAGAGACAACAACAGACUGAGACGAGCCAACAAGGAUCACAUGCAUUGCAUCUCUGUCAUGAAAUCAUGUACAUGUUUGGAGCAGUUGGUCUUGUUUUGUUGAACUCUGUUACACUGACAGCAGAACUGAUCCUGAAAGCACGAAACGGUGAGCGUAUUGUGAAGGAUCUGAGAGUCCUUGUCUUCCCCUCCGAAUGUGUUUUUGCCUUGUAUUGCCUGGUUUUACAAAUGCAUGCGUUCUGGAAGAUUGAUACAACUGAAUCUACACACGAUCAAAGGAACUCAGAUCAAGCAGAAAGCCCUCAACUCAUGAAGUCAGAGACUCAUGAAAUGGAGAAUCUGUCUGAACCAGAUUCUGCUUUUUCACAGACACCGUAAUGAGACACAGACUCUUCUACAUUUCUCCUGCACUUUUAUGCUCUCUGUCUGCAGUAGAUGAGCUCCUCUGGAGUAAAAACCAACUACCUGAGACUGAAGACUUCAAAAAUGUCUGUCUUCUGCCUCAAAUUACUUGAAUAAUUUUAUAUUGGUUGUUGAAUUGUUUCAAAAGUGGCAGUAUUAAGUUGUUGCAGUAUUAAGUAAACUAAACAUUUCAGUCAGAUUUCGUUACAGCUCUUAUGUAAAUGUGGCGUAUUUAAAAAUGGUGAAUAUUCAUCUUUGAGUAUUUAUUAGUUAAAUAUGAAAUAGUUGAACAUGUUUUGUAAAUGUUUUUUGUGUCUAUUGCAUCUGUACUGUACUGCACUGUAAAAAAAAAAAAUCCCGUGAAAUUUACGUAAAAAAAAAUGGCAGCUGUGGUUGCCAGAAAAAAAUACGGUAAAAAAUAAAAAUUGUUUCCAACCUACCAACCUAAUUUACCAACCUAAUGAAGUACUAAUACCUGUUUUGUACUUUUGUAAUACACUGACAACCAUCAAUAACACAGUGGUGAUGAGAGUCACAUGAUCAGGGGCACCGCUAAGGGGGGAGAAGUUAAGACUAUUCUUAGGGCCCAUGCACUUUUGGGGCCCCCAGUGAUCAGUUUUAUUAGUAGUAACAGUCAGUGCUCACUAGUACGCAGUACCCCGGCACUUCUCACAUGUUGCCGGUAUUCUGAACGCCAACACCGAAACGUAGAAUCAUCAGGCUAUUAAUUUAUUGUAUACGUCGCACGUUCGGAGCUUGACUGACUGAAGCCCAAUUGUUUGAUUUUGGAUGAUUGGCACGCUAAUCACUGUAGGCGCGUUCACCGGCUCGCUCAAAAUGUGCCACCCACUUGGAUUCUAUUAACGAUAGUAAACGCUACAGAGAAAGUCGAACAUGAUCUAAAACAGCCUAAAAAAAAAUGACUGAUGAAAAGAGGGGAAAACAUCAUCCUGCAAGCUUUUUAAACACACGAAGACCACAUUUACUAGAAUUGAUCACGUUCUAUUGUAUUUAUUGUGGCAAUAAUAGAUUUUUCACUAAGGAAUAGAUUUUUCACUAAGGAUUUAUAUUACAGCUGUGGCAUGUUGUAGCUAUAGUUUCUAAACUGUGUUGCUAGUUUUCAUAACAAAUGCUAUAAAAAGAAAAAAAAGAAAAAAUGGCCUUACCUGUAAUUGUAUCCUUAUUGUAACAAAUGCUAUAGUUAACAAUUACAAGAACUGUUAUUUUAAGGCUGAGUAAAAGUUAGAAAGAGCUUUAAAAUAUGGACCUUCUUGAAUUUUUGACUAAAUAAUUGUUUUUGUUUAAGAAUGUAUGUAUAUAAAUAUAUGAUUACUGUACUGUAUUUUUCUAUUACAUUUACAUUUGCAUAAUAAAUCAUCUAGCUUCAGCCAUGGUAGGUCUCUGACUACAUACUGAUAUCUAGAGGUCAAAAGCAAUAGCAAAAGUAAUCAUUAAAUUGCAGACAAUGAUUUUGGAUAGCUAGGUUGACUUGUAUGUUUGGUGCGGAAUGGGUGCGGUAGGGGCCCCAACCUCAUAUUCAUUUAUAGGGCCCAAAAUUGCUAGCGGCAAGGUACACACAGUGUUAUUCACACAAAAACUAAACACCAUCAUGGUAACACACAAUUUUUUUUUAAAUACUAUAAACUCUAAUUUAACAACAUUAGAUGUAACAUAAAACCCUAAUGUAUAUAACUGAUUAAGAAAAAAUUAAGAAACGAAAAUAAAUCAAAUCUGUCAUGCAGGGAAUUGUGGGAAUGUCAAUUUACAGUUUUUCACCAUAAAUUAUACAAUGACUUAUUUUUCACUUCCAAAACCUGUAAAAUCAGUCAUUUUUUUUACAGUGCAGGCAUUGUAUUUUAUGAACAUGCUGUUACUUUUUUACUUUCGAUGACACAGAGUCCUUUUUUGCCAACUGAAAAUGGAUCUGCUUAUGUUUGUGUCUUUUAUUUUGAUAAUGUCUCAGGGUAUGUUUCACUAAUAGUGGUGAAGUUGCAGAAUUGGCUCUGAAAAAUUUACAUCUAUCCUAUUAUAGUUGUUUAAAACAAACCCAUUUGUAAAGUGUCUGAAUUGUUAGUUCAUGUGUGUGAGUGCAUUUCAGUUAUAAUAAAUGUUACGAGAAUGCUUCUAUAUAGACAUUCUAUAAAUGUCUUCAAACUCAUUAGAUAAGAAAAAAAUCUUUCUGCUUGAGAAGUGUUCAGUUUAUCUUAUACCAGUUUUUCAGUAGACUAUUUCUUUUAAAAUGUAAAAUAAUGUAAAAUAUAUUCCUGCAUGGUUGUUUAAGAAAUGAUAAUCUACACACU